AGCCACCUACGUUCUCCGCAACAACUCCGCUCGCUCUCGCAGCAGCACACUUUUCGAUCCGGCUACUUUGCCGUACCACUCUCGUGACGUUGCGAGAUCGCGGUCACUCUUGUGCAAGACACGUAUCAUGAACGGCAAUCGAUAUGCACAGUGCCCGGAUCUCCAUACACAGCAAACAAGAAUUAACAAGGUUUUUUUUUUUUCUUUUUCUUUUUUCUUUUUUUUUGAAGACUGCCUUCAAAGCAUCAGUCUGAUCGCCGUUGGUCGCCGACAUCAUUUGGCGGGCCAACUAUUCACCGAUCAUUGCUACCUUGCCGCUUCUUUCGGGCACGAUGAUGUUUCGUUGGAGGCUCAGAGAAGCGGACAAAUGCUCAAGUCCUCGCCCUCAGCACGCCUGGCAUGACGCAGAAAAGGCGACGACUAGUUGGUGCGCUGGUUGCUAUGAGUGGCUUGCAGCGGCUACUCGUCAGUCAGAAAAUGCUAGUGGAGGCCAGGAGAUUUGCGUC